AUGCCAAAUCAAAAGACGCUUGAGCCUGAUCCAGAACGCUUUGAGGGUUACAAACUGGAUCCGGAUAGAACGCUUUCCAGGGGUGAUGAACCAGAUAAUAAACACGACUUCGAUGCAGGCAGCAAGCCCUAUGACCUAGGCCUUAAGGUGGUUGUGAUUCGCUUGAUGGUGAUGGCCCUCCUCCGUGUCCGUAUCCUCCAAGUUCAUCACCAGCAAGGAAUUGUGGCGUUAGCAACCCACACGGCGUGA